AAGCAUAACACAACUAACAAAAUGGAGCCUGUGGUCCACACCUCUUCCCCCUUCUUUCUCCACCUUUUUGGCUCCCUAUAAACUCCGUCUUUCACUCACAAUGCUCCAAGAGACAAGGCUCUAACCGUUUUCUUGCUCCAGCACUUUCUUCUACUUCUUCAUCAUCAUUGUCACCACCACUCACAAUGGAGAUCAAGAGUAGAGAGAGGAUACAAGUGUCAAUUGAAAAGGUGAGGAGAGACAGCACAGUUGAAGUUGAAGAUGAAGAAGAGGAGGAUGAAAGUGUGGUUGGUGGUGAGGGUGGUCUUGCAGAAGAUGAGAAGAAGAAAGGUGGUGGAGGGAGUGGGAGAAGAGGGUCAAGUGGAGUUUCUCCACCUUCUUGUCAGGCAGAGAUGUGUGGUGCUGAUUUGACUGUUGCAAAGAGGUACCAUCGCCGCCAUAAGGUGUGUGAGCUUCAUUCCAAGGCUCCUUCUGUGAUGGUUGCAGGACUGAGGCAGAGGUUUUGCCAGCAAUGUAGCAGGUUCCAAGAGCUGGCAGAGUUUGAUGAAGCUAAAAGAAGCUGCCGGAGACGCUUGGCCAGACAUAACGAGCGGCGCCGGAAAAGCAAUGCUGAAACUUGCAAUGAAGGAUGCAGUGGAAGCAAAGGGCAGCACCCUACAGAAAGCCACUGCAGAAAUGCUGAUGUCUGGGGAAGAAUUCAGAUGAACAUUGCAAAGAAUUCUGGCUACAACUCCUUCCAUAUUAGAUGAAUCCAAUGUGUUCACCGGCAUGCUCCCUCUCUUCUGUCAAUGGAUCUUCACAGUUUACAUGCCAAGGCAUAUAAUAAAGGCCCCUUUCUUUAUGUUACGAGAAUAAGCAUCUAAACCAGAAUGAAAAACUCCCAACAUCUAAAGGUGGUGUCGUAUGUAUAAUACUAGUUCAUUUCCCUUAAGCUCUAUAUUAUAUUUACUUAGCCAGUUUCUUCUGUUUCUGUGUGCCUUGGAAUAUAUGUAUUCUAUUGUGCCCCCCCCUUAAAAUGGUGUACCCCUAUGCCCCCUUGAUUAGAAUAAAAUCUAUUGCUUCUUUGACUAAA